AAGAAGAAGAUCGAGCGUGCCGCAUGGUUCAGCUCGGGGCGGGGCGUGCAGCGUGGUAAACGCAGCAGCUUGCAGAGAUCACGGCCACCGCUCGUCCUCGCUCCAUGGACAGGUUCCUGCUGUCCGAGCGGAACACCUACCUCGGAAACACGGGUGCCGAGCGAAUAGACAAGCUGCUGAAGCUGUUGCCGAUCGUGACGCUGGUGGUGACGCUGGUGACGUUCGUUGCGUUCGUGGUGGCGUACAAGAACCGGCAGGAGCGACCCGCCUACGUGGUUCAGACGCACGAAUCGCAGAUCGAAGGCAGGGCCGUCAUGGUCGAAGGUGUCCAGGUCGUGGAGUUCCUGGGCAUACCGUUCGCCGAAAGCACGGCCGGCUCGAGUCGCUUCCGCAGGCCAGUGGCGCGCUCGUUGCCCCGCAGGCUGAGCGCUCGCCGGUGGGGCCCCCCGUGCAUACAGCGGAAGGACGGCGGCUCCUCGACCAAUUUCUCUUCGACUACGGCGACGUACGAAGAGACGGCGACGACCGCGAGUGGCCGGGAUCAACCAACGUCCGAUGCCCAGCCCACUUCGUUGCCGUCUGUGGCCGCCGCCGUCGUCUCGGAAACGGGAGGAGAGGAUUUUCGCGGUACCAGCGGAGUCACACCGCCAGCACCUGGAGUGUUGGACGCCCGCGAACAGCCUUCGGAGGACUGCCUGCAUCUCAACAUCUGGGUUCCCCACACGGAGUCUGGCAACUCCAGCACGUCGUCAGACUCGGGCGAGGUGAAGCAGCGCGGGCCCAAGAGACCUGUGAUCGUCUUCUUCCAUGGCGGUGGCUUCCAGGAGGGGUCCAACAGCGAUCCCAGAUACGAUGGCAGGUACCUAUCGGCGCUUGGAGGCGUGGUAGUGGUGGUUCCCAAUUACCGUGUCGGUCCCCUCGCCUUCAUCGGCUCCGAUGACGGCAACGACGAAGAUGAGCCUGGGAACCUGGCAUUGCUGGACCAGCGGAUGGCGCUGGAAUGGGUGCGCUCGUACAUCGACGACUUCCAUGGCGACCCCGGCUGUAUUGUGGUCGCCGGAGCCGGCUCCGGGGCCUCGUCGCUGGCGCUGCACCUCGUGAGCCCCGAGGCGCAGGGGACACUGAUGGACCUGCGCCGCUUCGUUCUGCACAGCGGCUCGGCCUUCGGCCCUUACGCUGAUCACAGCGGGCCUAGACAGUCUACGCAGAACCUGGUCCCCGUGGCACGCAGCGUGGGCUGCACCGGGAGCGGCACGGCUGACAUCAUUCGCUGCCUGCGCACAGUGUCGGCCGACGCGCUCGCGAGGCUCGAGCCUGGACCGGGCGGGCCCUUCGAGCCCACGUUCGAGAGUCAGUACCUGCCGGACACGCCGUCCGGCCUGCUCCUCAAGAUACCCCCUUUCCGGAAGCAGGUUCUCAUGGGCAACGUGGCGGACGAGGGCCUCCAGGCGUUCAGUGCCUUCAACGAAACCCUGCCCGCGGGGCUUUCUCCGGAAUCUGCGCUGCACGAAUUCCUGCCCCAGGAGCUCGCAAAGUAUGGCGUGCACGACGAGGCCAAAGCGUUGCUGCGCGUCUACCUCAAUGACACCGCAGGUGUCGCCGCCGGGUUGACGUGGGACGAGACACAGAGCGUAGUCUCUCACCUGCUGGGCGACCUACUUUAUGUGUGUCCUACCGUUUACCUGGCACAGUACUUGAGCAGGGGAUCCGAGAACCAGGUGUACACGUUUCGAAUGAACCAUCGGCCAUCGUACGGCACUGCCGAAACUAUGAUUCGGUACGAAGACGUGGACCUUGUGUUCGGCCGACCCUUGCGGGAGCAAGGCGCCACGGAUGCCGAAAAAAGCCUCAGCCGCGACAUAAUUCGAGCUUGGAGCAAUUUCGCAAAGUUCGGAGUCCUCCCUCUGGUGAACGAUAGUUCGUCGGGGUCUACCAUCGAGUGGCCGGCUCAUUCGGAGAGCGAAGAAGCCACGGUCGACAUCAGCACCGCCGGAUUCAGCCUGGUUCCCGACGAGCACCGGGGCCACUGUUUGCAGCUGCAGGCUCUGGCUGCCGACGACGUUGUGUGAAAACGCCAUUCGGCCUCGACCACAAAUGGCCGGCUUACCGCGAAACUUCGCUUCGACGAGGCAGCACGUCUCGAAAAAAAAAAGAAAGCAUAGAAAGAACCAAGUGGAGCGGAUGGCGUAGCAGCCGCCAAUGCAGGCGCCUCGGGCUUGUUUCGUUCUGUUCUCGCAACAGACCCGUUUUGCAUACGAAUAUGACGAAAGGCUGUUUGGACUUUCUUCUAAAAAGUAAAGGCGGAAUCCAACGCCGCACACGACACGAGCGCCCUCGCCCGGCUCUCUGGUGUGACACACGCAGUUUUUGCAAUCAAUACUGCUAUGUGCACUGCUGUACGCUUGGUUUCGCGCUCUAAAUUUGAUUUCGGCAUUACCUGACGCGGUACCUGAAUUAACAAGCCGUAAAUAAUUUUGUUGCCUUUCAUGGCUGCUAUUUAUUUCUUGUUUUCUUGGCUGCCAUAUUUGCUUGCAGCGGCACUUUUAAUAAAGGUAUAUUGUGAAAAAUU